AUGGCCACGACAUCUGCAUUCGCGAGAUCACGUGCGGCAUUGAGGAAGAAAGCCAAGCCAGCGAAGAAGGCACUGGACGAUGAGCAGAUGGAGGAAAUUAAAGAAGCGUUUAGUCUAUUCGACACGGAUGGAAGUGGGUCGAUUGAUGCCCGUGAGUUGAAGGCGGCAAUGCGGGCGUUGGGGUUCCAAGUGAAGAAGGCGGAGGUCCGGAAAAUGAUCGCCGACAUUGACAAGGAUGAAAAUGGCACGAUCGAGUUCGAGAACUUUGUCGAAAUGAUGACAAGUCGCAUGAACUCGAGGGACACGAAAGAAGAGGUGGCCAAAAUCUUCAAACUGUUUGACGACGACAACACGGGGAAAAUCUCGUUCAAGAAUUUGAAGCGCGUGUGCACAGAGCUGGGGGAAAACCUCACGGACGAAGAGAUGCAGGAAAUGAUCGACGAGGCCGACCGGGAUGGCGAUGGUCUCAUCAACGAAGACGAAUUCUUUCGUGUGAUGAAGAAGCGAUCUGGAAACCCUCUGGACGAUUUGGACAGCGAUGACGACUAGACUUGGAAUCGGAAGGCUGGGUCUGGAACUAACGCCAUGUCAUGUAAAGAAUGCUUCCUUGCUCGCGAGCA